AUGAUGGCGGCAAAUAUUAAACCACAUGUUCGGCCUAACUCUGUGAGGAAGCGCUUGAAUGAGUCGCUGGAAACAAAUGAACGUGAAAAAAGGUUUUGCUCCAGGAAGCUACACGAUUUUGAUGAUCACGAUAGUAUGGAUAUGCACGCUAACUAUACCACUAGCCCUAUAGAACGCAAAAGAUCACUUUCACCAAACGCUCCCACGUCGCCGGUGACUGAAGAUGAUAGUGAUGCUAAGCCACUGGAACACAACAAACAGAAUAUCCAUGAGCUGGCUGACAACCCAGAUUAUAUAGCCCUAUGCUCCACCUUAUCAUUGCUCAAGCAACAGCGUGGACUUGUAACCCAAGAUAUUCAGCGUCUUCAAGAAACUAAAAUGGAAGCAAUGCAAGACCCAAGCUCGUUUCUACGUCGUCUGGCAACACGCCAGGUUACAUUACCUGGUCUGACCAAGGUUAUUGUCAGUCCAUCGAUACAUUGGUCCAAGUAUGGCUACUCAGAAGACUUAGUUUUCAAGAAACCGACUAAGAAAAGCGAUCGGCACAUUGUAUUCAAAGAGAGCAAAUUUUUUGAUUGA